AGGAAAAAAAGAUAAAAAGAAGUAGAAAUUAGAGGGAGAAGUGGAAGAAGAGGAAGAAGAAGAAGGGGGAAAAAGGAGAAGGAGAAGAAGCUCAAAAAAAAAAAAAAAGAAACAGAAAGAAAUUAAAUUCAAGCUGCGUUCUAGACGGUUCUCAUUAAUAGAAGGUCGUAUUAAGUGUAAAUACGUGUUUAGGAAGUUUCGAUCACGUUGGAGACCUUCGCAUAUUCUUCAUUUAGCAUACUGAACGAGAAUAGUAUAGGAUUUUAAACGAUCGUACGUUUAAUAUAGACGAUUGCAUCGAACGUUUAAUCAAAUCAAUCAAUUAAUCGAUCGUUCAAUAAUAAAAAUAAAGUGAAACGAAUUUGUUUGUUUGUUCGUUCGUUCGUUCGUUCUUUUUUCUUUCAUAAACAAUAUAUUUCAUAGUUACACGAUAUUAUCGACAAGAGACAAGCUUUUUUUUUAUAGAGAAGUUAAUAGAGUGAUUUAAAAAACAAAAAGAAAAAAGGAAAAGCAAAUCACAACGACAAUGUCAUUUAUAAAAUUAAUCUACAACUUUCUAAGUUUUAUAUUUGUCUCGAUCGUGGCUAUACUCGAGAGUAUACUUAAAAUAUUUAUACCAUAUAAAUAUCAAAUGAAGGACAUAUCGGGAGAGAUUGCUCUAGUAACAGGCGGAGGUGGAGGAUUAGGAAGAUUGUUAGCAUUGAGAUUGGCUAAUCUUGGCGUUAUCGUUGUGAUAUGGGACAUCAAUCAGAAAGGUAUCGAAGAAACGGUGAAAUUGGUACAAGCCGCCGGUGGUACUUGUUACGGAUACGUUUGUGAUCUUUGCAAUCGCGAGGAUAUUUAUAAAAAGGCGGCUCUAAUUAGAGAGGAAGUUGGCAAGGUAACAAUCUUGAUAAACAAUGCCGGCGUAGUCAAUAUUAUGAAAUUCUUAGAAACUCCUGACAAUCUUCUUAUACGUACGAUGGAAGUUAAUAUAAUGAGUCAUUUUUGGACAGUGAAAGCUUUCCUCCCGGCUAUGAUGGAAAUUAAUAAAGGUCAUAUAGUCAGUAUAGCUAGUAUGGCCGGAUAUGUUGGAAUUCCAAAAUUAGUUGAUUAUUGCACAUCAAAACAUGCAGCGGUUGGUUUCGAUGAAGCUUUACGAAUAGAACUGAAGUACGAGGGAUAUAAUAAUAUCAACACCACGGUCGUAUGCCCCUAUUUCCUUCGUAGUACAGGCAUGUUUGGCGACGGAUAUACCGGAUUUUUGUCUAAUCUAAGUCCGAAUGAAGUAGCAGAAAAGACUAUAACGUCAUUGAGAUGUAACAAAAAAUACAUUAUGAUACCAGAAUAUUUUCAAUUUGCUGUACCUUUAAAAUGGAUAUUCCCAUGGACAUGCAUCAGUAAGAUACUACGUUGUAUAGUCAAAGAUAUUUCACCUAUGCACGAAUCAACGGUAGAGACAAAUGUGAUCAACAAUAGCAAAAAUAAAAAUAUAAAUGUAAAGGAUCAAGAGGACGGUGCGAUACAUCAAAAAUUAACUAGGCAUAUUUCAAGUUCCGAAAGAAAACCAUAGAAAUUUGGAGUACGAUUCUUUCUCUCUCUCUCUCUUUUUCUGUCUCUUUCUUUCUCUCUCUUUGUUUCUUUUUUUUUUUUCUCUUAUGGGAAUUGUUACAAAUUGUUACGAGGAUAUUUGCGAAGUGGUAUAUAUACAACGUAAAAUAAUAUUUUCCUAUGUACAUGUAAUUAUUAAUUAAAUAAUAAGUACGAACAA